AUGGAGCGUAGACGUAGAUGGAUGUAUGAGAUAACAAGGCAUUCUGAAGAGUUUGAUAAUGGAUUGACUGAAUUUAUGAAAGUUGCUGAAGAGAAUCGGAAGAAAAAUUGUAGAGAAAAAAUUUGUUGUCCUUGUAAAAGUUGUCAAAUUUUAAAUUGGUUUUGUGAUGCUAUACAAGAACGCAAAAAUUGUUACUUGUUGGUACCCCAUGUAGUUACUAGAGAAGUUAUUUGUGCACAAGGGGUCUUAUGGACGGGGUCAGACAUGUUACAUGGGUCACGAAUGUUGGAUGGGUAUGCUAAGGUGCAAUUGGACACUGUUGAUAAGGACUAUACUUCUCUUGAUCUACCGGUGCCUAGUGAUGAACAUUUUAAACUUGCGGAUGCUAUUGGCAGCUUCAUUCAGUGGCCCAAAUCACGAAUCAAGCCAUGUGGUCAACCAUCUUCAACACCCGACCAAAGAGAUGUUAGAUCUUCUUCCUCUAAAAAUUCUACUUCAAGAAUACCAGCAACUAGGACUUGUGGUGAUGCAUCGCCAUCUUCUGCUCCAUCGCCGACAUAUGAUCUUGAAAAUCACGAUUUAGAGCUGCAUAGCUAUAGUACUAGAAUCAUGAGGAGGCCGGAGUUUAUUCAAGCGUACUAUCUGAGUUUGAUGAGCAGAAGUAACCCUGGACUCACGAUGUCUCGUGAGAUUCGGGUUGAGACUUUUUCAUCACUUUCCCCUGUGUCUAUAGAUGUCACUCCCAUGGAGGUUAUGACUUUGCUUACAAGACAAGAACUUGAGAUGACUAUUUUAGCACUCUUUGUAUCGGCUUUACAUAACAGUAUUGAUACAGACUUAGAGCGAAAUGGAUGUGCUUUCUUAAACCCUUUUUCAGUUAAUGGUUCAAUGUGUCAAUGGCAGCCGAUGACUAACCGGUUAACACUUUCUUACAUUAGCAGGGGUCACUGGUCGCUUUUUAUAUUGCGUCCUAAUGAAUUAACCGGGUACAUUCUAGACUCCAUAGGUAAAGGAAAGACCGAAGACCACUAUCGGUUACCAAGCUUUGUAAAAAAGCUUUUUAAAGGUUUUCGUUGGAUCUUUCCCAAGGUCCAACAACAACAGUCUAAUUGGGAAUGCGGAUAUUACGUGAUGAAUUGGCUAUAUGAUUUUGUAAAGUAUCAACAAUAUUCUUUCCCGGCUUAUAUACCUUGGAAUGAUACAAGAUCAUACGAGCUCUCACAACUAGAUGACAUGGUUAAAUUUUGGACAAAAGCAAUUCCGGUUCCAAAGGACUAA